GACCAUCACCGCGCCUGCAUGAGUGUCUCCUCCUCCGCCGCCUUCCCCAGCAGCCCUACAACCUGAUCGGUCCAAAAUAAAGAACAAGAGUUGAGAAAGGAGGGGCUUAAGGAGAAGUUGUUGGCCCGGCUGUGACCGAAGAGGGAGGGAAGACCAAGGUGAUGCAACAUCCAAUAAGGCAAUAUUGGCGGAAAGAAGCCCCAACUUAUGAACCAGCACACUCAGGGCUGAAGAUGAGAGCUCACCUGCACGCAUAGAAAAGUUUCUGGAUUAGGGCAGAAUUAACACAAAGCGGCGACGCCACUCCAGCUACACUCGCAAACAACGCAGAAGAGGCACGAGGGGGACCGAGACACUUGAGCGAACGCCACCUCAGAAAACUUCAAACUCUGAUAGCGAGAGGCAGACGAGUCCAUCCCCAGAGAGAGAGAGAGGCAGCAGAGGCAGAGAGACGGCAGCAGGGGAUCUUUGCCGACAAGGUCCUGAAGGAUGGAAGAGAAGCAGUUUGCCGGGAUCCUGAAUGGAGCAGUUCCAGGCGAACCAGUGAAGAAGGAUGAAAACUCUCGGAGAGGGAACUGGGGCAACCAGAUUGAGUUUGUCCUCACCAGCGUGGGCUAUGCUGUGGGCUUGGGCAAUGUCUGGAGGUUUCCUUACCUAUGCUACAGAAAUGGAGGAGGUGCCUUCAUGUUACCAUACUUCAUUAUGCUGGUGUUCUGCGGCAUUCCUCUCUUCUUCCUCGAGCUGUCCUUCGGUCAGUUUGCCAGCCUGGGGUGUUUGGGAGUAUGGAAGAUCAGCCCUAUGUUCAAAGGUGUGGGCUACGGCAUGAUGGUGGUGUCCACCUACAUUGGGAUCUAUUACAACGUGGUCAUUUGCAUCGCCUUCUACUACUUUUUCAUGUCCAUGACAAACUUGCUGCCAUGGACCUACUGCAACAACCCCUGGAACACGCCAGACUGCAGCGGGGUGGUGGGCGGCAGCCAACGGUUCAAUGCCAGCCUGGCUAAUGCUACCACAAACCUGGUAGCAGGGGUGUCAGAGGUAGUCAACCGCACCAAGAGGACCAGCCCCAGUGAGGAGUACUGGAAACACUACGUGUUGAACAUCUCUGAUGAUAUUGGGAACUUUGGAGAGGUCCGUCUUCCUAUUCUGGGCUGCCUCGCUGUGUCUUGGUUUGUCGUCUUCCUCUGUCUCAUCAGGGGCGUUAAAUCCUCUGGAAAGGUGGUGUACUUCACAGCCACAUUCCCCUAUGUUGUUCUGACCAUCCUGUUCAUCCGUGGCAUCACCCUGGAUGGAGCCAUCAACGGCAUCAAGUACUACCUGACUCCACAGUGGCAGAAGGUCCUUGAUGCAAAGGUGUGGGGAGAUGCAGCGUCCCAGAUUUUCUACUCUCUGGGCUGUGCAUGGGGUGGUCUUAUUACCAUGGCUUCCUAUAACAAGUUCCACAACAACUGUUUCAGAGACAGCAUCAUCAUCAGUAUAACCAACUGUGCGACCAGCGUGUAUGCCGGCUUUGUCAUUUUCUCCAUCCUGGGCUUCAUGGCACACAACCUAAACGUCCCCGUGUCAGAGGUGGCCGACCACGGCCCGGGCCUGGCCUUUGUGGCCUACCCAGAAGCCCUCACUCUGCUCCCCAUUUCACCACUGUGGUCACUGCUCUUCUUCUUCAUGCUCAUCCUUCUGGGACUGGGGACUCAGUUCUGUCUGCUGGAGACUCUGGUGACAGCUAUCGUCGAUGAGAUUGGUACAGACUGGAUCAUCAGGAACAAGACUGUUGUCACACUGUCAGUGGCCAUAGCUGGAUUCUUACUUGGAGUGCCACUAACGUCACAGGCAGGAAUCUAUUGGUUGCUACUGAUGGACAACUAUGCUGCUAGUUUCUCUUUGGUCAUCAUCUCCUGCAUCAUGUGCAUCUGCGUCAUGUAUGUUUAUGGUCACACGAACUACUUUAAAGAUGUGGAGAUGAUGCUGGGCUUCCCUCCUCCUCUCUUCUUCAAAGUCUGCUGGAGAUUCAUCUCCCCCGUCAUUAUCAGUUUCAUCCUGAUCUUCACAGUGAUCCAGUACAAACCCAUCACCUACAAUGACUACGUGUAUCCCGGCUGGUCUCUGGCUAUCGGCUUCUCCAUGGCUCUGUCCUCAGUGAUCUGCAUACCCAUCUAUGCCCUCUACAAGAUCUCAAGGUCCCCAGGAGCCACCUUCAGAGAGCGGUUGAAGUUUGCUUGCCGGGCACAUCCAAAGUGGGGCCCUGCCCUGCAGGAGCACCGGACAGGCCGCUACGCCCCCAUGGCAUCCGAAGACACUGUGGAGGCUCGUCCCCUCAAGGAAAAGGAGGAGCUGAAGGAGGAGCUAAAGGAAGAGCUGAAGGAGGAGGAAAAGGAUAGAAAGGAUGAGAUCAGCCUCACCAUCCAGGGAAGCAACGGCUCCACUAACACACACAACAACCCCAACCCCAGCGCAUAGACGGCACUCUGCUCUGUCAGCGCUACCGGGUGCAGCUCACGUGCCCCACCAUCUCUUCCUCCCUUCUCCUCCCUUCUCCUCCAUCCUCACCCCACUUUCCCACAGUCCUCUGUGGGGGAGAUCCCAUUCGCUGGAGACCUUUACAUAUUGUAAGGGCUUAUUAUAUCUAUCCUAACCUCUUCUAUCUAUCUGUGUGUUGUCUCUAGAUAAACGAAGAAGAAAAAAAAAAAACAAAAGGAAGAAAAAAUUGGGUCAUCAUCCAAAAGAUUUGUGUGUAUGUUAGUGUGUGUGUGUGUGUGUGGGUGGGUUGUUAAUUUGUUACACAUAAUUUAAUAAUGCAGUUUGUUUUUCCUUUCAUUUUUUUGUAAAACUUGUAUAUGUCAUCUUCAUAUGCAGUUAGAGGUACAGUAGAUUGUGAAGCUGCAUGGGUUUGUUUUGUGCAUGCAGCAACAUAGAGACACACACUGUUCUCCUUUAUUCUGUUAGCUGGGUCUGUUUGGGAUCGGUGACUUUCUAGCAGCAGCGAUUUGACAGCUGGAGACUUGUGAAGCGAUACACAGUGGUGCUGUAGUAAAGAGGAGCAGGGUGAACUGUGCCUGAACUGGCCAUUUACAGUUUGAUGAUGCUGGAAGAUGGAAAUCGGUUCAAUUCUGUUGCCAGGAAAAGAGGCAGACACAGUCAUUCACACCCGUACACUCACACUAUUGUACAUUUUACAGCACACAGUGACCUCAACCAUAGUUGAUCUCAGCUUAAGACUAAGCCUGUUGUUAUUUUAUGCUGCUUCUUAUAAAAAGUUCGACAGAGCACACAUAUUUAACACCCGAGAUGGCGACUCACACUUAGGGCUGAUUUUCUGUGGAAAUUUCCUCCAUUUGUAACUUUUUUUUUUUUUUCCACUAAAGCUGCUUAAACUUUGAAAACUCAGCAGAGAAAUAUCAGUGAACUUAAACGGUGCUGUACUCUCUGCCUCCACAUUCACACACACACACACACACACACAGACACACACACACGCACACAUGCAUUUAUUUAAAUUUUUUGGACAGUAGAGAUCCCAGUGCCCAUUUCUCAGGGUCCAAGCGAAGUUAAACUUGGUUUCUUGUUGUUCCUUGCCUGUGGAAACCUCGUCUCCACUUAGGUGGCCUGUUAAGAUUAUAGGGACAGAAACCAGCUAACUUUCCCCGCUGUCGACAAACACCAACACACACACACACAAAAAAGGUGGAUGCAACUCUGUAUAUAGAAGUGCCAUCUUUCCUUAAGUCUUCCAGGCAUUCUUUUGAGUGAAAUGCAUCUUGGGAUGUAGUCUGUGAAGGAGGAUCCGGGCGUGAGGACGUAGCUAGUGAAAGGAUCGUAGGUGUGUCGUAGUCUGUGUCUCCUGUGGGUCGUAGCAAUCUGCCCCAUUAAGGCAUGUUACCAAAAACAUUACCUGAGUUACCUGAGUCCUGCACAUGUUUUUGGUAACAUAUAUACUGUAUAUCUCAGAAAGACUGGUAUGGUGUCAGUCUCUUACAGUCAGUGGAACCUUUAAUGUAUUUACAGGCAUUUUUUUUUUUUAGCUCUGAGCCAAGCUGUGCAGUGACUGGUGGAGAGACAGAAAGCAGAGAGAUGCAGCUUGUUUCCAGAUGAAUACAGAAUAAAGAUCUUAAAUGAAUUAUGUAGAUUUAAAUGUAGCUGUAUAGUAUCGUUCUCUCAGUAGAAUUCUCCUUUUUACCUCUCAUUAUUGUAAAGUAAUAAUAAUUAAUAAAGACCGCAUAUGUUUAUUUUGUACAAAAAUAAAAACUGCAGAAUCAUAAUUAACAUAUUUACCAUUCCUCAUCCGUGACUUGAUUUGUUGUUGUUUUGUUGGAGGCUGUGACAGGACAGAGAGAGGGUCUCUUUAGCAUGCAGAGGUGGGUCUCCCACAAGUGUCUGAUUGGAAAGCAUCCAGGACAACUCUGUAGUAGUGUGGUGGCAGUCUAAAUACAGAACAAAUACAUGAGAAGUGUUAUUUUGUCAUUGUGACAGCUGUGUGAAGAUCACAUGUUCUUGGUCGUUUCAUCCUAAGAUGCUUUGUUGGACUCCUACUCAGGUGGUAGAGAGAUGCUUUUAGCUUCACAGGCAGGGAGGAUUUUUGGGAUUGCAUCAGGUCUGGCUGUAAUGUUUCUUCGUGUUGUAGUUUUUAGCUUUUCUUUGUUUGUGAGCUGUCAAAUCAUCAGUGAUAUCGAAGAAGUGAUAUGGAGAACUAGAGGGCUAUGAUACCUGUAUGAGCAUGGAACAUAUUUACAUGGUAUACAGAAUUGUUGUAUAUUGUAUACAGCACAUUUACACAUAUGGUUUGAUAUUUUGGGAUAUGCUCGUGUUUGCUUUCUUGCUGAGUCAGUUGAGAAGAUUGAUAACACUAUUAUGUUUGUGUGGUAAAUAUGUGGUUAGCUUAGCUUAGCAUAAUGACUGGAGAUGGAUGGAAACAGCUAGCCUGACUCUGACCAGAACAAAAUCUGCCUACCAGCUCCUCUUAAGCUCACUUAUUUAUUUAAUUUCAUCUAAUUUGCAGGGUUCAACAACAAGGAUUGCCUGGUUGUGUGGGGCAAGUAAAGGGCCACAUCAGGCUAGUAAAUCUAGCAUCUCUCUUGCCCAGUCAGACAAGUGGUAAAACAGAAAUAAACACAUUGUUUCUCUGGAGCUGAUGAGAGAAGUAGUUAAGGAAUGAGCCAUCUUGCCUCCCUUUCAACUCUGUUGAGAGUUGCACCCUUGCAGUAGUGAUCUAGCACUGGCAAAAAUGGCAAUAUGAAGACUGAGCGCAAGCAUUUCGAUUAUCCUGGAAGCAGGAGUGUAGGUAUGUGACGUUAGAGGAUGUGGGCAAAACUCAAACUUUGUAUUGCCCAGAUUGCCGCAAGUCUAAGAGCAAGACGGAUAAAACGGGGUUGUUUUUCAUGACGUUUAGCUUUACUCUUUGCCAUUUGAUAAAUGCUAAGAAAUAAGACAAUUUGUAUAGGGACAAGAAAGCCACUUGACCAACUGGGCAAGGAAAAAAACAUUAAUGUUGAACCCUGGUUUGUUUAUUAUAUACAAAAACUUGCUGGUUGCCAGACAACUCCUCCCAGCCAUGAGAUAGUACAGCACAUAAGUCAUCAAAUUGUCAUUUUGACACAUGAAUUUAUGUAUGGAAUAAACAAGUUCUGAUGUGUUAAUUACUGAGCUUUAGUCGUGCUGGUAGGUGGAUCUUUUUACCUUUGGAUAGCACUGUGCUAGCUGUUUCCUUUGUUUCCAGUCUUUAUGCUAAGCUAAUACCAGCUGAUACCAGCUGCUUACUCCAGCUUCAUAUUUAGCAAACAGAUAUGAGCGUGGUAUCAAUCAAGUCACCGAACUCUCAGGAGUAAAGCAAAAAUAUGUAUUUUCCAAAAUGGUGAACUAUUCUUUGAAGGAUUUAUAUAUGUUCAUGCUUGUAAGGCUUUUCAGCAAUUUUUAUAAAUACUGAAGCACAAUUUCAGACUAAAUCUGCACAUCUUUUCUUUUCUUUUACCACUUUUCCCCACAAGUAUGUCUUCAGAGGUGGAUAAGGAUUUUAAUAUGACAGUGUAGUUGCUCCUCUGAUCCACAAGAUGGAGCGAUGCUGACACUCAGGGUAGUAAAGGCACAAUAGAGGUGAACUGUGAAAUAAAUACAAAAAGCCCAACAGACACCAGACUUUCUUUGGUUAUGAGUAAAGGAAGCAACAAGGAGAGAGGUCAAUGAUAAGCACAGGAGCUCAGACAUAGUGAAAAUAAUCACAAUAAGCACAGUGAGCGUUCUGAAACAAGCACACAUUUCUACCCAGGUUUUUUUACAGGACAGUUCUCAGAUGAUAGAAAUGUCCACUGGCUAAUCACAAGGGUGGAGAACUGUAGCUUUGGCUGGUAGUUAAUGGUCUGUUUUUACCUUCUAGUUUUGGUUUAUUCCUAAACUAGUCACACCACACAUUGUAUUUUGUGAUAGCAUUUUUUUAUUACAUUACUGCAAAACCAGGUGCUCUAUGAAACAAUACACUUUCACCAUCUACUAAUCGAAAUAUGUUGCGUUGCUUCCUCUGAGUAGAAAUCCAUCUUAGGAGCGUUUCACUUUCUACAUGAGGUUUUAUUUGCUGAAAAAGGAGAAUGUGAAGUUCUUAUUCUCAGCGCAUACUGGGACAGCUUGUAGCUCAGACCAUUUCCUGUUUGUGGUUGCCUGUCUCGUGUGUUCAUGCUGUAGUAAGUGAAGCUUAGCCACCAUGUUACCAUCUCUAUAUAUCCCAACCCUCACCAUUUCUGCUGGCCCCACAACUCUUCCUCCCUUUGUACAGUAAUGUAAAAAAUAUAUAAUCGGACUGUGUGUAUGUGUAUGUUUAUCUUUGCUUUGAUUUCGAGGGUGGGUAAGUGUGUUUUUGCAGGUCAGGGGAGGGUGGGUUAUUGUUUCACUUUGUUUUUGAUUUGUCACUUUUCUCGUAGUGUAUAUGUAGAUGGCGUCAGGUGUAUUGUGUACUCUGUGUGUAGUGGAAUAGCUCUUACUGCUGAGCCUGCAUGUAGAGCAGGUGUAGUGUCAGUAUUGAUGUCAAUGUACCUCUAACCUGUCGGAACUAGCCAAGUCUUAUUCUGCUAAUGAUAUAGUCUAUCUUUUAAGAAAAAAAAAAAAAAACAUUUUGUACUAAAAGAAGAGAAAAAAAACUACAUAUUUUAUCUUCAGAUUUUAAUCACCGUUUAUCCAAUGUUCAAUGACACUACUCUUUUUGUUUGUUUGUUUGUUUGUUUUUGAAGUUGUAAUCAUUGAAAGAUUAAAGAUAAAGCCAGCUAAUUUUAAAAAAGCAUUUCCAAACAAAAAACUUUGGAUUGAAACUUGAACUACAAGAGAAUGGUUCAUUUUUACAUUGAGCUCUGGUGUAGAAGGUGGCUGCAGCUACAUGAUGAUGCUUUUUUUUAAAAAACAAUAUCACAUGAACUUAAAGCUAUGUUUUACAAAGUGUAGUGCCAACAGUCGUACCAGAUGUUUACCUUGAAUAUUCUGUGGCCCUUAACCCAAACAGUUUGGCUUUUUCUGUCUAGUUGUUACAAAAUGUUUAGAAAAAUGGUAAAAAUCAAAACACCAAAAUAACUCUGCCUCAAAGACUAAAUUGGCAUCAGGACCUAUGAACUCAUAUUUUCAUUCUUGUGCAGCUCUGAUGCAUAAUAUCAGAACACAAUAUAGUUUUAUUUGUACAGUUUAGGCAAUUAUAUGGCAUGUAUGUAUCAGGCGAGGGCUCAGUUACUAUUGUAAUCUGAUUUCUCUUUUUGGAUACCCUUCGAUUAUCUGGCAGCCAUGAGAGUAAGAUCAAUUUAGUCAUUCAGAAAACCUACAAAGACACAAUUGACAGUAGUUAAUAACCGACCCAUGUCUUGAGAUACUAAUAUGCUAUUGCCUACUAUCAUGUUACACUGAAGUGAUGUUGAAGACGUGAAGCUUUGGACCAUUUUUAUACACAAAUUCACAGCACAACUGCUCUACUGUACUAAAAACAAAACUGUGAUUUUACCUUGUUUCUGUGGUUCUCUGUAAAUUGCAGAACAUUACCUCUUGAAUUUCUUACUACUGCUCAUAUAAGCAUAAUCUUAUGUUUCAGCACUUUAAAGAAAUCAUUCAUUUUUUUGUAUAAGCAACAGGAAGAAACUAAAUAAUGAUUCACACUACCAUUUUAAAAAAAGAAAACAAGUACAGUAAAUAAUGUCUUACUAUCAGUGGUCUGGCUGAAAGGAACUGUCCAGGUGUCAGUGGACAAACGCUGUGUUGUUGCUAUGCCAAUGUAAAUUGUUUUCAUGGGAGGAGUGGAGAGGAAAAGCACAAGUGAGAAAAGAGAACACAGUUCUUCUGGUAUCCUCUAUCAUAUCUAUCUGUCUAUCUAUCUAACCAUGUCUGUUCUUCUUGUUCUUCAACCUUUAGGGCCAAAAUCCAUUGAAAUGUCUUAGUCCUGUCAGCUGUAUAUCGUAAACUGUUGAAUUACAAAAUGGUAAAUAAAAUCUAUUUUAAAGAUCA